UAGGUGCAAAAGACAGUGGUUUAGGAUUCUCGAUGAGCAAACAAGGAUUUGGUCAAUUUACGAGGCCCAAAUCUUACCAUCUAAAGUUGUCUCAGCAGUAAAACUCAUGCAGCGAUUGGUCUAAUAUAUAAAACGACGCAGCUAUUUUUUGAAAUGAUAAUUUUCCGUUGCUUUUAUUCUCCUUUUUCCUUUACAAUAAUAAAAAAAGAGACCUUAUUACGAGAUGGGUAUCCCGAAGUUUUUUCGAUGGAUUAGCGAACGCUAUCCAAUGUGUUCCGAACUUAUCACUGACAACGGCAUUCCAGAAUUUGAUAACCUUUACUUGGACAUGAACGGCAUUGUUCAUAACUGCUCUCACAACAAUUCGGAUGAUCCUCACUUUCGCAUCACAGAAGAGCAAAUCUGGUUAGGCAUCUUUCAAUAUAUUGACCACCUCUUUUCCAAGAUUAAGCCUAAAAAAUUAUUCUUCAUGGCUAUCGAUGGUGUUGCUCCCCGUGCUAAAAUGAAUCAACAACGUUCACGUCGUUUCCGAACUGCCAAGGACGCGGAAGAUGCUCGACGAAAGGCUAUACAAAACGGCGAGGAGCUACCCCCGGAAGCCCCCUUUGAUACCAACUGUAUUACACCCGGAACCCCGUUUAUGAUCAAGCUCACACAGCAAUUACGCUACUUUAUUUCGAAAAAGGUUCAAGAAGACGCCAACUGGCGAAAUGUGGAAAUUGUCCUGUCGGGCCCCGAAGUACCAGGUGAAGGAGAGCAUAAGAUCAUGGAGUACAUUCGUCUGUCAAAAGCACAGCCAGAUUAUGAUCCAAAUACAAGACAUUGCUUGUAUGGUCUGGAUGCUGACUUGCUUAUGCUUGGUUUAUUAAGUCACGACCCUCAUUUUGCUUUAUUACGUGAAGAAGUAGUAUUUGGUAAACACCAAAAAAAGAAGAUUGCAAGGUAAGCUUUUUAAAAUAACCUCCGAGAAACUUGUCCAGG